AAUUCUUUCGGUAUGGCUCCAGAACGUCUCCAAGUAUAUGUAGGUAAUCAGGUGCAUUUACUUCGGCUUCGCGGCGGCAAUCGUGCUUCUUUAACCCACUGACCUCUCGGGUGGGUGCUUAUGCCAAUCGUAUGGGAGAAUGGGUGUCGCCUCACGAUUCGGGAUUCUCGCGUAUUCUCACACAAGAGAGUGAGUUCUCACAGGCGCAAAUUUUCAUGAACGUGCCCCUACGCACACGUUGUUGGGCUAUCAUCUGGUUGAAAGCUUUUCCCAGCCGGUUAGGCGGGUGGCAGUGGGUGGUUGGAGGGAGAGCUUUCGGAUGCACCUACUAGCGUGCAGUGCGACGUCGUCGGUAUGUAGGUUGCAUUGGAUGCUGCCCUUGUAUGUGAGGUCUGUCCGGAAUUGUUCAGCUGGCGCGCCUAAAUAGAAGAGGGUACUAUUAUCAUCAUCGUCAUCGUCAGAACCUGGAGCAGCAGCAGCAUAAUCAUCGGUAGCCGCAUCAUGACAUAGUCUCCUAUAAAAGCAUUCCCCAUGCCAGAACUGGGUUGCAUUCGAUUUGUGUCUGGCAUACCGGUUGGUGCAUUUCAGUGAAUCCUUGUGACGAGACAAAAGAUUUCUUAUCAACGUUCAUCAAGGCUGUGGCCACAGUGGAAUACGGCAGCCUAUAUAAAUCCUGGGAAAAAGCUCAUCACUCGGUUUUGAUUGGUGUCUAAACGGGAGAUAAUUAGCUCAUCUGAAUUUACCUACUGUCGGUGGCAAACUACCUUUUCUCAAACGAUAAAAAAGCUGUGUAAAUCAACGAAACGUACGAGACGGUGCAAACGAAGAAAUAUAGUCGCGAAACGUGAGACGAUUUUCGGACGGUUAAGUGAUUUGAGUGAACAUAAAGAACCCGGAAGGUACGAAUAAUUGCUAAGCUGAUCGACGAUAGGCUGAUUGUCGCUGGUGAUAGCUAUUCGGAGAAAAAGGUGUAGGAUUUCGCACGUUGCCGACUAAUCUGUUAAACCUCAUACCUUGUUGAGAACGCAAGUCUUCUGACUGACGACGUAAAACUCGAAACCCACAAACAUGUCCAUCUCCGAAUUUCGCAAGAAGAAGCUACUAUACGUCUUCAACGUUUUCUUCGAUGUUAAUCAAAGUGGAGAAAUAGAUCAGAAGGAUUUUGAGCUAGCGAUAGAGAAAAUUUGUCAACUUCGCGGUUGGCCUGCUGGAAAUCCCAAAAAUGCUGAAACACACGAAAAUAUGCUGAAAAUUUGGGAAGGAUUACGAGCAAAAGCGGAUAAGGAUAACGAUGGCCAGGUUUCAGUGGAAGAAUGGUGCAAAAUGUGGGACGAGUACGCACGUGAUCCAAACUCCGUCCUUGAUUGGCAGUUGAGGUACAUGAACUUUAUGUUCGAUCUGGAGGAUGCAUCAACUGACGGUAGUAUCGACGCAGAGGAGUUUUCAAUCGUUUGUUCCAGUUAUGGGCCGGACAAAAACGAGUGUCAGGAGGCGUUCCGGAAAAUGUCUCAGGGAGCCGAGGAGGUCGACCGGGAGCAGUUUGCCGUGUUGUGGCGUGAGUACUUCUCAUCGGAUGACCCUGCAGCGCCCGGUAACUUCAUUUUUGGCCGAACGGCAUUUUAACGUGCAGUAGUAGUUAGUAACGUCGAAUCAGAGCCGUUCGUUUUGUUCUCUUUGAAACUUUUAAACUGUUAACACUUUGAAGCGCCAGCGGCAGCGGAAGAAUUAGAUUAUCAAACAAAUCGCUCAGAACACAAAACCCCGUUUCAAUUAUAUCGAUGUAGAGAAUGUUUCCGUUUUUCGUUGAAUUCCAUGAUAGGAGUCGAAAUUUGUAGAACAAAAGAUAAAUCAAACGAAACUUAACAUCUCAAAUAAACCACACUAACUGGGGAUGAUGAUGUUGGAGAGAGAGGGAGCGACUCAGAGAUUAUUUGGAUUCGUUUCAAAAACAUCAAUCAGAAAAUGCAGCCUGCAGAUGUCGCCUCCGGGCGGGCGGAGCGCGAAUUUUUCACUGUUAUUAAGUGAUGGUACGGGUCAUGAAUAGUGAAAUCAGGCGAUGACACGGAACAAAACACAGAAUGGAAUGCACCCCAGUGGAAAAAGCGGAGAUUCCUCCAACCAGGGAGGUGCAAUCGUCGUGAGGGAGGGAAUGUCUGGGAGUUCUCAGCGAGUGGCACAAAAAAGGAUAGAUGAGAUGCAAGCAGUAGUAUUAGAGUGCCAGAAACAAAUAGUCCCCUGCUGCGAUCUAGGACGGGCUGCUGGUGUGAUGAUAAUAAAUGGAAGAACCUGAAAUAUGAUAAAUCGCAUUAAAAGCAAUGUCGUUUUUCCUCGCGCUCGCCAGUCAGCUUUUAGAUCGUUUGGUCCCUGGGCGUUUUAUGCUGCUGUGUGACAUAAAUUCUGAAGUAAGGGAGCACUGGAGACGACAUUGAAGAGUUUCGAAGCGGUGCACUAUACCGGGUAAGAAUGAUAGGAACUUAAAUCGUUGUUGAUUGUAAAGUUCCUUCUUACUAGACAGAGUUGACUUUAUACCCGAUCAGAAUGGCAUAACAAAAACAUAACAUAAUUAUCUCAACGGUUGAUAUCUAUAACAAAUUUUGCUGUAAUUUGAUAUAUUUGUUGGAAUCCAUUUGAAAACAAGUUUGAAUUAUAUCAUAGUUAUAUCAAAGUCAGUUACAACAAAUCAAAUCAUUUGAUCAUCUUUAUAUCAUCAUUAUAACACACUCAGUUAUAGUUUUCAAAAGGCAAUGUAUAACUAAUAAUAUUUUUGGUUAAUAUGUUUACAUAAUCAAUAAUAUUUUUCGGUUUAGCGCGUAAUUAAUCGCUGCAUGGCUCCAUAGUGUUUGGAAAAUAAGUACACAAUUUUUGACGAACUCCAAUGCCCCAAAGAUUUGUUGAACAAAUAUAUCUUAUACAUUUAUCUCUUGUGAAUUCCUCCAUGGAUUCCAAAAAGGAUUUCCGUAUGGAAUUCUUAACAAAUUCCUCCUACGAAUUCAUCAGGAAUUCCUCCAAGGAUUCUUUCUUGUAAAUUUGAAACUAUUAUGACUUAAGGAAAAAUCUUCCUUGACUUAAUUGUGCAUCUUCGUGCCAUUGUCAGGAAGAGAAAGCUCGCGAUUAAUAACUGCGGAUUUGUUAAUAAAACACCAGCUGGCACGUUAUGAUAAUUUUAUUAGAAAUUAUUGCACCCGAUUUCUUUGGGUACUCUUCUCAGAAAACUAAAACAAAUCUCCCAAUGAUUAUUUCUGAUAAUUUCCCAUUUUACAUUUAUUCUUCCAAUUCCUCCAAAUUUUACUUUAGAACUGCCUCCAGUGACAACUUCUUCAAGGAUUAUUCCAUGGAAUAAUAAUAAUCUUCCAACGAAUUCCUGAGGAAUUAUUCAACAGAUUUUUUCAGGAAUUUCUCCAAGAAUUCAUUCACCAAUUAUUUCAAAAAUUCCUUCAGGCAUUGUUCCAUGCAUUCUUUUAGUAUUCCUCCAAGGAUUCUCUUUGAAAAUUUUUCAAGGAUUCUUACUUUUGCAAGCUUUUGCACGGUGACUUGUAAACCUAACUCGAAAAUUUAAAUUAUGUUAUGAAUUUUUCCGCUAAAAUCUAAUGAAUUGCUCUCAAAGAGGAUAGAAAUAGGGUUCUAAUGCAACUUUAAUUUUAAAAUUUGGUAGACCCAAUUUUGAAUUACACGGAAAACAAUUGUUCGUACAGAUUUAGGCAAAACAUGUAAGUAUAGGUAAACUUUUUAUACUAAAAACUUCAUUUAAAAUUUGUGAAAAGUGCCUACGAAUCAAAUCUAACUCUUAAUCUUUCGAUAGAGUCUGAGAACGACUGGAUUAAAUGAAAGAUGACUGAGAUAUGACCAAAAAACAUUCCCAUGUUUUUGAAGGGGUAACCCCAAACUUUUGCACGGGAGAGUAUUUAUAUCUGCUUCAUAAAAACAUGUGAUAUGAUACCCGAUCAGAAAGGCAUAACAAAAAUGUAACAAAUUUAUAUCAGCGGUUGAUAGAUAUAUCAACGUUUGUUAUAUUUAGAUAAAUUUGACAAAAAGGAUUUGAAACCCAGAUUUAAUUAUAUCAGAACUAUAACAAAGUCAGUUAUAAUACAAAUAAAUUCAUUUUGAUCAUCUUUAUAUGAACAUUAUAACAAACUCAGUUAUAAUUUUGAAAAUGCAGUUUAUAUCAAAUGAACAUUUUACAAGUGGUAUUUGGUACGCAGUUACGCCGCUGUGUGGUGCUACUGUGCUUGUAAAAUACAGGAUUUUUGACAAGUUUGAAUCAUGAUCCAGACCUUCAAGAAAAUUCAGGUUACUCAUUAAAUUUAUUUAUUGACAUACUUGUAGAUUGAGGAUUAUCCCUUAUUGGAAGUUCAAAAUCGAUUUCUUGAUUAUCUAGGUUCAAAUUCACUAACACAAAUUGAAAUUCAAACCUUAAAUAAACUAAUGUAGUAUUUUUGACAUGUUUGAAUCAUGAUCUAAACCUUUAAGAAAGCCCAGGUAGAUAUUGCCGCGGUAAUCUUGGAUUCUUAGCCAGCUGCGUUCGAAACGCGCAGUAUUAGAUCGCGCUAGACCGCGCACCUAUGGUUUGUACACGGUGUGCACAUUGUCUAAAACUGUUUUUGCAGCCGCCGGGUAGGAGCUGUCACGUAUAAUCAGCCGCCUUGUACAAAUCAAACGGGCGCAAUGUUUCCGCGAUAAACUGCUGCUGGUUAACGUUGAACAAUUCGUCUUUAAAGUGUAGAAUUAGCUUAGUGUUAAAAUACACAUUAGUAAAAACAACAAAAAAACCGUGAUUGAAAUCAUCGUCAUCAUCAAAUAUUUGAAAGCAGUUAUUUCGAUCAAAACAAAAGUCUUUGCUAUGAAAAUAUAUUCACUGUACUCUAUGAAAGUUUUUAUUCUGAAAUUAUAUGUUUUAUUAUUGUUAUUGAAUUAACAUGAUACAACUGGAUCAAUUAGUCAUCUGCAAAUGAAAAUUACCUUAGUUUUUGAAGAAUUGAUUGAUUACAAAUUAUUUGUGGAGCUUUGAAAUUUAUUUCUAGUUGAGACACGUUUCAUUGCCAUGCAAUUAACGUCCAUAUUAAUUCAGUAGAAAUACAGCUUCCUACUAGGCUUCCUAUGAUCUGCAAACAUGUGGUGUGGGUAUUACAUACUUUCAAAGAUGAAAGAAGGCUGUUGAUAAAUAAGGCUAACAUCAAUGGUCCUAAAACCGAUCCUUGUAGCUCUCCCGAUAGAGUACCGAUCAGGCUUCAAUGAUUUCCUUUAACUGCCACAAUUUAAAAGCGGUUAUUCAAAUAGGAUUUACUCAAUAAAACAGAAUCUCAACUGAAAUCAAAUAGAUGUGAUAACCUGUGCAGUAGUUCAAAAUAAGAAACUCUAUUAAAAGCUUUUGGAAAACCAACCAAUAGCAGAAGGCUAUUUCUUUUUUACCGAUAUGGACAUCGUCAUGCAUCUUGAGCAAAUGCCGAAGCAAAUGCCGAACAGGUGUUUUCAACUAGUGGAAGAAUUUCUUGUUUAAACUCUUUUUUGCUGAAAAUGAAAACAUUAUAUGAGGUCACGAGGCAAAGCAAACGCCAUAGAAUUGCAUCAGUAUGUCAAUUCUUGUACACACUUAAAUUCAGAAAUUGAUCUCGGUAAACGGUUAACCGAGAAUCCAACAGCUGAUAUCUCGGUAAAAUAUUUACUGAUUCUCGUUAAAAAUUUUACCGAGAUUUCGGUAAACCAUUACCGAGUCUCGGUGAACUUUGCCGAGAUCUCGGUAAAAAGUUGGAUUACCGAGAUCUCGGCAAAGUUUUACUGGCAUCUCGGUAAAACUUUUACCGAGAUUCAGUCAAAAUUAUUACCGGAUUCUCGGCUGUUGGAUUCUCGGCAAUCCGUUUGCUGAGGUCGGCGAUUUAAUUUAAGUGUGUACCAUGUAAUGUUAAAAUUGUGCAUUAAAUACUUAAUUUUUAAUUCACAAGCCAUCUAAAUCUGACAAUCUCACAGAAAUGCACACUAACGCCACAAAGCAGUGAAAUUUCUAACCACCAGACUACUGCAUAACUUUGCCAUAGGCAAGAAGUUCCUUGAUGGUGAGGAACAUUAGAUAAUUAUUUAAUAACAUAUGUCAAAAUGUUCUAAUUUAUUUGCUCGCAAGCACCAAGAGAAUGUGAAAUUGUAUGCCACUCUUUCCACUGUUUAAGAGCCAUUAACUAUCUCUACAACUUUGAUGAAGAUACGACAUUUAUUUCUGGUCUGAAUCAUGAGGUAAAGCAUGCCAAAAUGCAGAGCAAAUUCUUGAGUUACAAUUAUAACUAAAUUAUAUCCACUUUUGUUAUUAUAUCCUAAGAUGACGUAAUUGCGAUAAAAGUAUCAAGAACACUUUUAUGUGACGUCAUAUUUUCUCUCCCCUGUACGUUGGACAAAUAAGUCUAUUUAUAGACCAGCCGCCAAAACGAAGAACCACUUGAUCGUAUACCGCCAUUCACUUCAAGUGCUGCAAUGGCCUCAUUGAUAAAGGCGCCGGAUUGCAGGUGAAGGUUGGCGUCCUUGGUUCGAUUCCCGUCUGGGUGGGGGUUUUUUUAUAUACUACGUGGGGCAAGUUUUUUUAUACAAAAAACUUUGCGCUUAAAAUAAAUAACACUCUUAAUAAAAAUUACCCAAAAAAUGAGUUAAAUUUUACCCAACUUAAUUUUUACCCAAUAUAUUUAUAUCUAAUUUAUAACAAAAUGUGUUAUAAUUUAUUGAUCAUUCCAAUAUUUUUUAUAUCUCACUUUGUUAUAAAUUUGUUAAAAUUGUAUCAAUACCUGUUAUAAUUAUGUUAUGGCUAGAGCAAUUUCAGUUAUAAUUUUUGUUAUUUUAACACCUAACCGGCGAUUUUUAUAACUCAUUCUGUUAUGAAAAAUCUUUGAAAUAAAUAACUCAAUCGGUUAUAAUUUUGUUAUGCCUUUCUGAUCGGGUAUGGUUUCCUUUCUUGAUUUUUAAUAUCUCACUUUGUUAUAAGCUUGAUAUAAUUGUAUCAAGACCUGUUAUAUGUAAUUGUCAUAUUGAUAGGCCAGUCAUUGUUUUAAUUUUUGUUAUUUUAACACCUAACUAGCGAUUUUUAUAACUCAUUCUGUUAUGAAAUAAGACUGGAUUAAGGGCAGCAUUCUAUUCUUCAGACAUUUGGUUUCAUAAACCUCCGAGUUCAUUGUUGUUUUAGUGAUGACAAUUUUACCUUUUUACCACAACUGUUAAUUCCCUACCAGAUCAUAUAUUUGCGGGCGAACUUGCCCAUGUCUUCGCCUUGUAAAACUUUGGUCCCGGAAGCUGUCGGAAGUCGGCCUUUACAUACCUUUCCUUAUCCCUAUCAGGAAGGCAUAACAAAAAUAUAACAUAAUUAUAUCAACGGUUGAUAUCUAUAUCAAGGUUUGUUAUAUUUAGAUAUAUUUGUUGGAAUCGGUACAAAAACUAGAUUGUAUUAUUUCAAGGUUCUAACAAAGUCAGUUACAAUAAAUGAAUAUGUGAUUUGAUCAUCAUUACAUCAACAUUAUAACAAACUCAGUAAUAAUUUUUAAAAUGCAAUGUGUAACUAAUCAAUAUUUUUUGGUAGUGCGUAAAUUAACCGCUGUAUGGCGCCAUUGUGUUUAGAAAAUACCCAAUUGUUGUUAUCCUUUAUUAUAUGAACAACCAAAAAAGCUCAUGUAUUCAUCAAAUUUCUACAGAAAGCUUAUGACUUUGGAAGGUGGAUACGUGAUGAUAUUGGGUAAUUUUAAAUGUUUGUUAUCAUGAUCCAGAUCACCUGCACAGUUCGUAUAAUCAGCAAUGUUCGUGAUUCUUGAAAUUCUCAAAUGAUGUAACAUUUUAUGCACAAUUUCACUACUACGAGCUAUUUGAUAUGUUAAAUCUCAUUAUUCUGCUGUCCUAAGAAGUUCGGAUCAUCACUCAUCAGCGAAGUUGUCGAGAAGUCCUUGGCUCUCAAGUGAAAAAUGUACCGAAGCGCUUACAUUUGUUUACAGGAUUUUGUUCAUGUUUUACAGGUUGUCUGUUUAUUAUGGAUGGCCACGGAGUACUUUCAGGGAAUAUCUCUAGAGAUAUUAAAAGUAUUUCUCUUGUGGGUCUUUUAGGGAGCUCACUAGAAGUUCUUCCAGAGAUCUCUCCGAGAGUUUUCUCAAUGAUUCCUAUGUAAAUUCUUACUGACGAUCCUCCAGUCAAAUAUUCAAAUAUUUCUCCAAAAGUUUUUAAAGAGAUUUCCCAUAGAGUUCCUCUAGAAGUUGUGGUUGGAGAAUUCUUCAGCAACUUCUCCAUGGAUUUCUUAAGAAAGGCUUCCGAUGAUUACUACAAACAAUUACUCUAAAGAUUCCUACGGUAAUUCCAGGAAUCUCUGAAAAUUUAUUAAGUUAAAGUUAAACUUUUCAAUCCAAUUACAAUUUCUUCGAAAUUUCUCAGUAUGUGGUCACUCAAUCUCUGUUGUGAAUAUCACUACUAUUAACUACAACUUUUUUCCGCAUAGAUAAUCUGUGUGUGCAUAUCUGCCGAUCGAAAUAGAUAUGUACUACCAAAUGAAGUGUAGUUGUUUUGUUAGAGUAAAUAAAAUGUUUAGCUCAACCGCGAAACGAAGUAUUUUGAUAUCCCUUUGGAUUUCCUGAACGCUCUGUGUUCGAAAACAAAUUACUUCAAGUAUUUAUCGAAAGGUUUCUUUACAAAUGUUAUCAACAAUUACACCAAUGACUCAUUAUGGAAAUGCUUUUUUUUCUGUCCUUUUGAAAAUUCAUUAAUGAAUUCCUCCAAGGGAAUAUUCCUGCAAGAAUUUGCGGUGGAUAUUCCUACCGAAACAUUCACCACUUAAGCCCCAUAAUACUACUGAACAACUUUGCAGAAGGAGUAUCAUUAAAUAAUAAUGAAAUAAAACAUGCCAAAAAACGCUUUAAACAUUUAAAUAAACGCUGGCGCAACUAGUGCUUAGUUCCACACUUUUCAAUAUUUGAAAGUCAUUAGCUAUCUGUUCAACUUAGUUAAUAACACGAAAGUUGCUAUCAACUGUAUUAAGAACAGUUUCGUGUGACGUCCAUUCGCGUAGGUACAACGAUGUGGGCACGAGCUCCGAAGUGAACGCUGGCUCUAGUGCACAACAAGCGCACACGACAUUGAAGCUGAGGGACUAAAUGGGCUGUAGUAACGUGCAUGGUGACGUCAUAACUGGGUAUGGUGACGUCAUACCUUCCCUCUCCGGUAUGUUGGAUCAGCGAGUCUAUUUAUACAGGAGCUACCAAUAUGAAGAACCAUUUAACCUCUCACUUCAAGUGCUGGUCCUGGUCCUGGUCAAACGUACUAGAAGUGGUUUGAUCAUUUACCCCAGAAAGAGUUCUCCCCGGUUAGCCGUAUUUUACAUCUGGUAAAAACGACGAGUUCCUGUUCUAGGUUCAAGUCGUUCUAGGUUCGAAUCCCUGGGUUGUAUGUAUACUAUGUGGAGAAGUUUUUUGAUGCCAGUAAUUUUUUACUAAAAAUAAAAUGUCACUCUAAAAAUUGAUUACCCAAAAAUGAGUUAAUUUACACACCCUAAUUUUUACCAAAUAUAUAUAUAUAUAACUGCUUUAUAACAACAUGUGAUAUAAUUUGGUUUUCCUUUCUUGAUUUUUUAUAUCUCAUUUUGUUAUAAGCUUGUUAUAAUUGUAUCAAGACCUGUUAUAAUUAUGUUAUGGCUAUAGCAGUUUCAGUUAUUUUUUUGUUAUUUUAACACCUAACCGGCGAAUUUUAUAACUCAUUCUGUUAUGAAAUAUCUUUGAAAUAAAUAACUUAUUCGGUAAUAAUUUUGUUAUGCCUUUCUGAUUGGGAUCCUUUGACAGAUACGUGUAUUUCGACUAUUACUUGUAAUCUUCCUACGUGUCAGUUAUCCACUUAUGGGACCCACGGCUGUUCUUCCAUUCUGAAAGCCGGUAUAAUUCUGCUAAAGGAUUUCCUGAACAACAUUUCUUAAAGGAUAUUGGGGUGGAACUGCUGGAUGGUUCUCCGAAAUGAAAUGCGGAAAGCGUUGACGACGAAAGAAAAUGUCGAGAAUCCUGGAUGGAACUUCUGGAUAAUUCCCCGGAAUAAUUUCAAGGGUGUGUCUGGUAAGAAAAUGGUAAAUUUGUACACUUUGUGAGAUUUUCCGGAGAUAUUCCUUAUGGAAUUUCCUCUGAGAAUUCUCUGCGAAUUGUUCUGGCAAUUCAUCAUAAAUUACUAACAGGAUUUUUCAGGGGAUACUCUCUGGAUGGGUAGAUUUCUUCAGAAAAGCCUUAUAGAGAUGCAUCCAGGGGUUCAUUCCAGUAGUUUCUACUAAGGAUUGAUCUAGGAGUUUCUUUUGUGAGGUCCUCCAUGAGCUCCUCGUUUAGAUUCCUUUAGGAAUUAUAAAUAGGAAUUCGUCCAGGAUUUUAUUGUAGAGUGUCCAUUCCAGAUAUUCUUCUAGGAGAUCCAUGUUUAGAUAAUUUCUCAAUAAUCACUGUCUGUGAACCACCUCAUUACCUCAUUAUGGUGAUUGUAAUACCAACUUCGGUAGUAUUUCACCAAAAGCUCAACCGUUCAGUUUUUCUAAUGAAAAAAAAAAUCGGCGCAAAAUUAUCAAGUUUCACCGAACGUCGUUGCCGGUGUCAACGAAAUUUUGAAAUUUUGCAAUUUCGUCAAAAAAUCUGUUACCGGACGCUCAGCAGUUAAAAUUUCGGUAAAAAUUACCGAACGCGACUAGCUGUAUAGUUCUUUUUUGAAGAUUCAAGAGUUUCUUCUAAUAUCUGCAGGAAUUCUUUCUGGGGAUUACUCAAAGAAUUCCCCCUGAAGAAUCUUCCUAGGGUGUUCCUCCAGAAAUCCUGACUAGAAAUUCCUUCGAAGAAAUGCUUCCAGGACUUUCUUCAUGGGAUUCCUUCUGUGGUUUCUUCUAGGAGCUCCUUUUUGAGAUUUCUUCAGGAGUACCUUCUAGAGAUAUCUCCGCGAUUUGCUGUGCGUAAUCUCUAAUGAGUUCAUUCCGGAGAGGUAUUCCCUCAGGAAUACCUUUUGAAGAUCACUUAAGAUGUUUCUGUUGAGGAUUCGUAAAUUACUCCCAUCUAGGGAUUCCAGAAAUUGCUUUUGAAGUUUCCUUUUUUCAAAGGAACUUCUGCAGGUAUUCUUAACUGCAUCUUCCCUUUUUUAUAACUUAUCGGAGUUUAGCACGAGUAACACAGUUUUUCGACUGAAGCUCUUUCGUUGCUGGUGAUGUUUCUGGUAAUUUUUGAAACAUUGAACUUUGUGAUACUUAAUCGGAUCCUGAGCAGAUUCAUAGUGAAAUGCAUGCUAUAUUAGUUAAUUCAUAAGGAAUAUUUCGGCGAGAAUGACUGUUGAAUGAUUUCUAUCAUGAUUUUUGAUAAUGUUUUCUGAAUUUCUGAAUUUCUGGAGACACUUAUAACCAAUUCCAUGCCAGUUCCUUGGAAAUAUCAUUUUCAAAACUUUGGCAUUUUAUUUACGGAGGUAUUUUUAUUUUUUCUAAUUAACUCAUCAGGAGAUCGGAAAAAGAUUCAUUUGAAAAUCAUAAACGCUUUUUCAGUACAAUUAAUGGUAAAUUGUUUCCGAGAUCACUGAUAGAUAACUACUCAUAUGUAAAACCAAGUUGGAUUGCUUCUGAAAAUUUUAGCACAAUUCCUGGAGGUUAGUUACAAUGUUGGUUCUGUAGAUAGACAUGUGGAUUUCUUGAGAAACUCGUUAUAAUAUUAUAUAUCGAGAAUUUUAGUAUACAUCUUCCAUCACUCUUCGCGAUUCUUUUAAUCUUUUUAACGAUAUUUCAGACCUUGGACUAGUUCGUCUCGGGACCCACGCUUUACUUCCUUUCCGAAGAAAGAACUAACGUUUCAAUUAUUCAGGUCCGCUGCGAAUGCCUGGGAGGGUCCAUACUGAAUUCCUUUUUAAAUCACCAAAUGUACCGCAGUGCAUGAUAUGAAAACCCCUCUCCAAAGAAAUCAUCUUACAAUUCCAGUGAUUGAAUAUUAUGACAAUAUGGCAAUCUGUGAAGAACGUUUAGUUUUAUAUGAUGCAUUUUCCCACAAAUGGUCUUGUCGAGAUACUCAACACACAAAAGAACAAUGCACUCGUGACAAACUUUACACAGUGGUGUUGCUAUUCCACUCUGACCCAAAAAUGGAUGAAUUUUGUUGAAGGUAUGUCUACAAAUGCUUUUUAUUCUAUUCAACAAUAUAACCUACCAUUAGUUUAGCUACUUCGCUUCCCUCUCUAGAACAUCAUCAUCUCGAAGUGUUCAAUAAAAAUAUCAAUAAAGAGAAAAGUGACACCCGCCCAAAAACAUAAUCUUUUUCAAAAAAAAAAAAACUCUCAGAAUAUCUGUAUUUACCUAAUUAUUACCAAUGUGACAACUCUUUUAACUUUCUUUCCAUAAUAGAUUGUAUAAGAAAAACAACAACAGUUCCACAACAACACACAUUUAUCACUCAACAAAUUUGCACUCUAAAUAGUUAAGAUACAACUAAUUCUCGAUGGUAGACGAAAACUGAUGAACAGCAUACUCAACACGAUGAAUGCGGUGUUUUACUAAACAAUCUAGGGAAAAUUUCAUGUGAAAACCACUGUAACUGUAGUGUAGAUAUCGAAUCACAAAACAAGAUGAAAAACGCCACAAAUACUAAAAACAUGAACUCUUAUGAACGUCAAUUCCCAAACUAUGGGCGGAUGAAUGUCGAAUUACAUCGUUCGGUGUAUGUUAGCGUAAAAUAAAACAAACUGUAGUGUACUGUGCGCAUUCAACAUCACCAGUAGUGACGAUUGUUCCAGCGUUUAUGUUUGCUUUGAAAUGUUCUAUCAAGUUUGUGUUAGCAAAAAUCAGUUACCGAAAUCCCGGCAUUGCACAAACAAGGGAAGCAAACAGAAUGGUGAUAAUUCCUAUCCAGUAGAAGAGAAGAGUUUUAAUACACUGUUACAAACUAUUAAAACCUUACAGCUCUUGAAAGCAGUUCACGUUUAUUCCUAACUAGCCGUUCGAAUACAGCUUUCCUAUAGUAAUAACCUAGCUAUUUAGCUUCAUAUGAGGUCCAUCAAGUUGGAUUGAUUUGACGUCAACGGUUUAUUUGCUGAAACCUUGAAAA